UCAUGAAAACAUUGUGUACUUUCACGUGUGUUUGCGUUGCAGGCAUGCUUGGGUACCGCAGUUUUCUGCAGAGCGUGUUUGACAGCAUUCCCCUCCUGGAAUGUUCAGCUAUGCCGGUCGGGUGGCACAGCUAGUCUUCUGCACCGUCAACAGAACUACUGCGGUCUCCUUGCGUGGCGUAAGGGAUUUGAUAUGUCUCGCUUCAGAUUAUCAGAGACGGGUGACGUUUGUGGCAAAGGGCGAGAGAAGGUGGGAGGAAGGGAACUACAGCGAUGGCCAGAAGUGGAAGUUUCUUGAACACAAAGGCCCCCUAUUCGCGCCUCCUUAUGAGCCACUGCCUGACAAUGUUCACUUCUAUUAUGAUGGGAAGCCUAUGAAACUGAGUCCCGCUGCAGAGGAAGUUGCCACAUUUUUUGCAAAGAUGCUGGAUCACGAAUACACCUCAAAGGAUAUAUUUCAGAAUAAUUUCUUCACCGACUGGAAGAAGGAAAUGACAAAGACAGAGCGAAAGCUUAUCAAAGACCUGGAGAAAUGCGAUUUCAAAGAAAUUCACAAAUACUUUGUGGCCCGGACUGAAGAGAAAAAAGCCCUGCCAAAAGAAAAGAAGCAGGAGCUGAAGGCUGAGGCAGAUAAGGUUCAGCAGGAGUUUGGGUUCUGCCUCUUGGAUGGGCACAGAGAGAAGAUCGGGAACUUCAAGGUCGAGCCUCCGGGGCUGUUCCGAGGACGAGGAAUCCACCCUAAGAUGGGCAUGCUGAAGAAAAGGAUCCAGCCGGAAGACGUCAUCAUCAACUGCAGCAAAGAUUCAGAGAUACCUGAACCUCCUGAAGGCCACAGGUGGAAGGAGGUCCGGCAUGAUAACACAGUCACGUGGCUGGCAUCGUGGACAGAGAACGUGCAGGGAUCUAUUAAAUAUGUCAUGCUCAACCCCAGCUCUAAACUCAAGGGGGAGAAAGACUGGCAGAAGUUUGAGAUGGCCCGCAAGUUGAAAGGCCUGGUGGACUCCAUUCGCUUGCAGUACCGCUCUGACUGGAAGGCUCGCGAAAUGAAGCAGAGACAGAGAGGGGUGGCGCUGUACUUCAUAGACAAGCUGGCUCUGAGGGUGGGCAAUGAGAAGGACGAGUCGGAAACUGCGGAUACCGUGGGCUGCUGCUCACUGCGCCUGGAGCACAUCAAACUACACAAGAAGCUGGGUGACGAUGAGUAUGUGGUGGAGUUCGAUUUCCUGGGCAAGGACUCCAUUCGCUACUACAACAAAGUGCCAGUGGAGAAGCCCGUGUUCAAGAAUUUACAGCUUUUUAUGAAUAACAAGAACCCAGAGGAUGACCUGUUUGACAGACUAACUACCGACGUUGUGAACAAGUACCUUCGAGAACUGAUGGACGGGCUGUCAGCCAAAGUGUUCCGAACAUUCAACGCUUCCAUCACCCUGCAGGAGCAGCUAAUGCAGCUCACCAACCCCGACGACACUGUUGCUGAGAAGAUCCUGUCGUACAAUCGAGCAAACAGGGCUGUGGCUAUUCUCUGCAACCACCAGAGGGCAGCACCCAAAAGCUAUGAGAAGUCCAUGGAGAACCUGCAGGCUAAGAUUGAAGCAAAACGGCAGCAGCUGGAGCAGGCCAGGAUUGACCUAAAAAAAGCCAAGGUUGACUAUGAAAAGAAGAAGGACGAGAAGUCAAAGAAGGUGAUGGAGAAGAAGGCUGCCCUGGUGAAGAAACUCGAGGAGCAGCUUAAGAAACUGCAGCUGCAGGUGACUGACCGCGAAGAGAACAAACAGAUUGCCUUGGGGACGUCCAAACUGAACUACCUCGACCCCAGGAUCUCCGUGGCCUGGUGUAAAAAGUUUGGUGUCCCGAUUGAGAAGAUCUAUACCAAAACACAUCGAGACAAGUUUGCAUGGGCCAUUCAUAUGACGGAUGAAGACUUUGAAUUCUAAAAAUUAGCAUCAUGUGUUGGGGCUUCUAUUUAUAGACUUCUGUAAACCGGCAAUCUCAAGGCCCUCCAGACUUAUGGACACUCAUUAAGCACUUAACCAAAGGGAAAUAAAGAAAUUGCCUUGGGGGACAGAUUUGAUACAACAGAUAGUCUUGAAGUACAGUUGUCCUGACCCUUGUAUUUAUAUCCCUGCUUUAUUUAAGCACAGUGUGACACGUUUCAUUCCUGUGGUGUUUAAUGGUGGUUGUUGUUUUGUUGGUCCUUCUGUCCAGGUUUGUGUGCUUUACCUGAGUUUGUCCUCUGAUGUUCUCUGAUAAAGCAUUUCUGCAGAGUAUGGCUUCAUCUAGCUCUCUCCCCACAUAUUUAUUCUAAUUUAUUUUUCCUCCUGGUGUUCUUUUUGUUCUCCAAGAUGUCGGAGGCCAUGGUGCUAAGUUUGUUUUGUUGUUUUUGUUUUUCCUUCCAUGACUGGCCCCUUUAAAAUGUAAGGGUUGUUCUGUGUGUGUUCUGUUAACAUCUGAUUUAUACCGAGGAGAUACUGUAAUAAAGAGCCAGUGUGGCAGAUCAAU